AUGGAGGACUACCCGUGCCAACCUAGCCUAGGACCCGCCGUCGAAGUCCGGCACGCAACAUUUACCUGGGACCACGGCAGUACCGAGAGUGCGGAACCAACAGACGAGGGGUCCAUCGCGUACUCCCUUCCAGCAAGCGAAAAGCAGAAGGCCACGUUCACUUUACAAGACAUCAACCUGUCUAUCAGACGUGGAGAGCUUCUGGCCGUCAUUGGAAGUAUCGGCUCGGGAAAGACAUCGCUGCUGUCCGCCCUGGGCUGGAGAUAUGCGCAAGACAUCGGGCGGCGUGCUCUGGGGCGCGUCACUGGCCACCUGCCACCAGCGCCCCUGGAUUCAGAAUACGACGGUGCGAGAAAACAUCACGCGUGCUCGUUGACCCGCGACCUCGACAUCCUGUCCCAUGGUGAUGCCACUGUGGUGGGGGAGGGUGGCGCGGUCCUCUCGGGUGGUCAGAAACAGCGCAUCAGCCUAGCGCGUGCCAUGUACUCUCGUGCCGACGUGGUCUUGCUCGAUGACCCCCUGAGCGCCGUUGACGCCAACGUCGGGCGCACCAUCCUCGACAACGCCAUCUGCGGGCAGAUGUCCUUCCGGACACGCGUGCUGGCGACGCGUCGCCUGCACAUGCUGCAUCGAUGUGAUCACAUCCUCUGGCUUGAGGAGGGGCGAGUGCGGGCCAUCGACACGCACGCCAAUCUGAUGGCCCAUGAGCCAGAGUUCGCACGAAUGGUGGAAGAGUCCCGGGGCAGCGAGAAAGUGGCCGAGCCCCAGCUCGGGCCUGGCACCCCGGAGAGUAAACGGCGCAGCGCAGUCGCCAACCGCAGGAGUGCCAUUGACGACCGCAAGAGCGCUAUCGACAAUCGCAACAGCUGGUUUGUGCCUGACUGGAUGCACACCGAGGGGGAGCAGGAGGACAAGCUGAUGCAGGACGAGGACCAGGAAACCCGCUCGGUAUCGUGGAAUGUGUACGGCUCCUUUGUCACGUCGAGCAAGAACGGCUUCCUCGUCGCCAUGUGCCUCCCCCUCCUCGUUCUCGCCCAGGGGUGUGUCGUCAUGACAUCCCUCUGGCUUGCGUGGUGGAGCCAGCAGAAAUUCGCCCUGUCGCGUGCCGUCUACAUUGGUAUAUAUGCCUCGCUGGCCACAGGUCAAUUUGUCUUCCUCUACCUCUUCAGUCUGUCCGUGGCGACUUGCUGUGUCCGGUCGAGUCGGAACAUGAUGAACAAGGCGAUUGGCCGCGUGCUACGUGCGCCUAUCUCGUUCUUCGACACGACACCGCUUGGUCGCCUCCUCAACCGGUUCUCCAACGAUGUCGAGACCAUGGAUCUCUCCCUCCCCGAAGCGUUGAGGUUAUAUCUCAACUCACUCUCCGGAAUACUGGCCAUAUUUGCCCUCGUGACAGUCUAUUUCCAUUGGGCGGCCAUCGCUGUCGGCGUCCUUUUGGGUAUCCUGCUCAUCCUAGCUCAAUACUACCGCACUUCGGCUCGCGAGAUCAAGCGCCAUGAGUCUGUCUUCCGAUCAGGUGCCUUUUCCCGCUUCGUCGAAGGGCUGUCGGGAGUGUCCACGAUUCGAGCUUUUGGGAUGCACGCGGGCUUUUCCAGCACAAUGUGCGACUCGGUGGACGACAUGAACAGCGCAUAUUUCCUGACAUUCGUGAACCAACGGUGGCUGAGCUUGCGAUUGGACCUCCUCAGCUCCCUCCUCAUGGUGGUGUUGGGCAUUUUGGUCUUGGUCGAUCGCCAGAGCCAAAAUCCUGCCAUCUCGGGCCUCGUGCUGAGCUUGACACUCAACGCGGUCCAACUCCUUCAGGUCGUGAUCCGCGAAUGGGCCGACGUCGAGAAUGCAAUGAAUUCGAUGGAGCGUCUGUACGCAUAUGCGAACUCGGUCCCGCAGGAGACCGACAUCUCAAACGAGCUCACCCCGGCGGAGCCCGCACCAGAAUAUUGGCCGUCCGAUGGUGACCUCAACUUCUCCAAUGUGCGCAUGCGGUACCGUCCAGGUCUCCCCGAAGCACUCCAGGGGAUCGACAUGAACAUUCACGGCGGUGAGCGUGUGGCCAUCGUCGGCCGGACCGGUGCUGGCAAGUCAUCCAUCGUCAACGUCCUCUUCCGCAUGUCGGAGCUUUCGGCUGGCUGCAUAAGUAUCGACGGCCAGGAUAUAUCGCAACUACGUCUGGAGGAUCUGCGCACCAUGCUGUCCAUUAUCCCCCAGGAGACGACCCUGUUUUCAGGCACGGUGCGUACCAAUCUCGACCCGUUCGAUACGUACUCGGACCCGCAACUCUGGGACGCGAUCCGGACGGCGGGGCUGCAAGGUGUCUUGCACCUUAGCGACGUGGUGGACGACGAAGGGGCCAACUUAUCACUCGGCCAGAAGCAACUGUUGGCGUUGGCGCGAGUGCUGGUACGCCGCACUCGCAUUGUAGUCUGCGACGAAGCCACGGCAGCUUUGGACACCGAGACUGACGAGCGGAUACAGCGAACAAUGCGUACCGCGUUCCGGGACAAGACGGUCUUGUACAUAGCGCACCGCCUUCGGACCGUGCUAGCAUAUGACCGGAUCUGUGUCAUGGACCGCGGACGGGUUGCCGAGUUUGGUACGCCUUUGGAACUCUUUGGAAAGAAAGGGAGCAUUUUUAGGGAUAUGUGCAUCCGGGAUGGUAUCAGCGGGGGGCACAUCUACGCCUCCAUGAAGUCGACAGGCAAAGAACCAGUACGGACGUUCCAGCAGCCUUUUGGCGAACCGUUUGAACAGUCCUUCGAGCAGUUUUUUGCGCAAUGGGUUUGA